AUGGACGGACCCGUUCAAAAUGCAGAGGCUACCACGCCUUCAACAUUUAAUGUUCACGAUGAUACAAAGUCCAAUGAUCAAGCCGAAAGCACAACAUCAGAAAAGGUUGGAUUAUUUCAAUCAAUUCGACAACGUGCAACCGAUUCAAUCUCACAUGAAGAUUCUACAAUCCCUUUGGCAUGGCAAGCAUUAUUGACAGGUUUGGUUGACGCUUUGAUUUAUAGUAGAAGUCAAAUUUGGACUGGUUUUCAAACCGGAAAUAUGGUUCAAUUUUCACAAAAUAUCGCUCAAUUCAUUUUACCAAACGCAGAAAAGUUUCCGCUUUUAACGUUAGAACGUUCACUUAGUGUUUCUUCUUUUAUUUGUGGUAGCUUUUUAGGUGGAAAGCUAGGAGAUCGUUUCGGUCAUUCAAAACGUGGUUGGGUUGCAUUUUCGGCUUUCAUUCAAAGUUGUUUAUUAUUCGGAGCUGCAAUUAUGUUAUUAUGCAAACCAGAAGAUAUGCUACCUACAAUUCAUUAUUGGCCGCCAAUAAUUGUUAUGACUUCCCUUUCAAUGGGAAUGCAAUCCGUUUCUGCACAAAAGUUAUCUUCUCCUGCUUUUGCUACAACUGUGGCAUUCACUGCAACUUUGACACAAAUCGCUUCGGAUCCAUUCUUGUUUCAUCUUUCUCUAGCGCCUGUCGAAAAAGCUCGAAGAGAUAGAAGAAUGUUUGGUAUCUUUAUGCUUUGUACGGGUGCUGGAAUUGCAGAAUGUUUCUUAUAUUCUCGUGCCGGGUUACGAGGUGGAAUGACAAUCGCUGCUAGUUUCAAGAUGGUUCAAGCUAUCUUAUGGUUCACUGCACCUCGUGGUCAACCUGUCACCGCAAACGCACAAAAAAAGUAA